ACUUGCCAGAUCUACAAAUUUCACCGUCUACGGAUCCGUAUACAAAAUCUACGGAUUUUUUAAAAUAACUACGGAAAUCUGCGGAUUUUUCAGUUAACGUUCACGUUCGUUUUGAUCAUCAACACAAAUUUUCAAUUUUUAUUCGAAAUUUCAUCGAAAACAAAAAAAUCCAUCAAAAUUCGUAGAACCUACGGAUUUACACGAAAUAUUUCUAGCAUCUCUGCUUCAGCCAUACUUUAAAUACUGAAACCUUCGUUUGAUUCUGUUUAGUCACUUUACCCAACUUCACCAUUCUGGGAAUAAUUCUGCCAACUAGAAAAGUUUGUCGAAAAUUAGUGCAUUUAAAAAUUGCGUAUUAAGAGAGCAAAGUGAAGUCAUUCCUAAAACAACGACAACGAUACAAAGUAAUUCAGGACAAUGGAAUUGCCACAUCUUGGUGAACACUGUUCCGCAAAAUAUUGCAACAAACUAGAUUUUCUUCCCAUGAAAUGCGAUGCUUGUGGGUCAAUAUACUGCUCGGACCAUUUUAGCUAUCAGUCACAUGCGUGCUCUUCCGCCUACAAAAAAGACGUCCAGGUGCCCAUAUGUCCCCUUUGUAGCGAACCAGUUCCUACUCCGAGAGACGUUUGGCCAGAUGUAACCGUGGGGGCCCAUAUUGAUCAGUUUUGCAAAUCAGAGAAGAAAAAAAUAUACACUAACCGUUGCUCGUACAAAAACUGUAAGAAAAAAGAGCUUAUUCCAGUGUCAUGCUCGGUUUGCAAGAGAAAUUAUUGCCUUAAACAUCGCCAUACAACGGAUCACGAAUGUUCUGGAAGUGCUGUUUCUCGAAAACACCCACAAAAUUUUGCAGGACAAGCGGCACUCCAAAGACAGCAACAAAAGAAUAGUUCCUCGAAUACGUUGACUAAUCAUCGCGCAGCGGACAGUAACAAGCACUUGGAAGCGGUGCAGGGUAGCAUGUCGGAAGAUGAAGCACUGGCGCGAGCUUUAGCACUGUCCAUGCAGGAGGAGGAAGACGAACGCAGUGCAGCUACCCGCAACGAACCAAGAAAUGCUGGCCAGCGUGGGAUUCCAGUAGGGGGGCACAGCAGCAAGGACAAGUGUAAUUUGUCGUGAUUGCCGAUUUUGAUGUUGAUACAAACCGUAAAACGAUAAUCUAAAAUGCUUUUGAGCUACUAUCAUACUAGUUUUAUACAUUGUUGUUUAAUUUUUGUGCACUGCAAAGUGAUGUGACUUUAUAAUGUAAAACUAUACACUUUCUAGAAAUUCACCUCUACUCUACGUUCCGAUAGAGACGAUCUGAUCAGAGUUGCUGUUUUAAUUUUCGAUCUUCGUAUAUAUUUGGUGGAUUGCUGUAAGAUCGGAAUUUAUAAUUGCAUUUUUGAUUAGAUCGCUCCUAACUGAAUUUUAGACUAGAGAUAAUUUAUUCAAUGUGAUGUGGUCGGUAAAUAGAAAUUAUACAAUCAGCAAA